AUGCCCCACGAACCUGCCCGGAUGCGUACAUCUUAUUCAUCGGACUUCCUGUAUACGCUCACCACGGAUGAGUUGCGCAUGGACGGCUUUCGCCGUGCCAUGGCCACACACCGUGCCAAGCGUGUCUUAGAGAUCGGCUGUGGGCCCUGGGCUCCGCUGGUCAAGCUCUCCUUGGAAGCCUCUGCUGAGCACGUCACUGCCGUGGAAGCCUCUCCAGCACAUGCCCAGAUGGCCCGGAAGCAAGUUGCACACUAUGGCGAUCGAGUGCAGAUCUUGUCUGGGCGGUCCAUGUCCUUACCCACUGAGCUCUUGGCGGAGCAGGAGCCAGAACUACUGGUGGCAGAGCUGCUGGGAUACACGGCCAGCAAAGAGGGCGCACCGGCCAUCCUAGCAGAUGUGCAACAUCGCUUGGGGCCACUGCCGACGGUACCAAAGCGUGCCAGCAGCUAUUUAGCACCCGCGCAAACACUGGAAGUGGGACUCUAUGACAGCCGGAACUUCCCUGAAGACUUACAUUUGGCAGAGGGCCAGCUUUGGGAGGACUACGACUUCGAGUGCCUCGAAAAGCAGAAGCCUCAGGCGAACAACGAAGGAUCGCCUUUAGCGUUGGAUAUGUAAGUGUAAGAACUCUGUGUUGAGGUGAAGCUUUUGGUUGGUCUUUGUGCCUUGUAGAUGUCCAUGAAAAAAUUGUGCAUGACGCUUGCAGUUGUGUGAUCCACGGGCACUCAAUUUGGCCAAGCUUGUUUGUCUUCUUGUGGGAAGAGCAAACCUCACAUCCCAGGCAUGCUAAUGUUCCCAUGUGCCCUCCCUUGGGAAGAGGAGGCAAAGGAUCGCUUCACAGAAUCUAAUG